AUGAUGCACGGCGUGGGCCCGUCGGACGACGCCGCGGCGGCGGCGGCGCUGGAGCUGCAGGAGUCCGGGUGGGAGGAGCUGCGGCGGGAGGCGCGGAAGCUGGAGGGGGACCUGGACGUGAAGCUCUCCUCGUACGCGCGCCUCGCCGCGCGCUCCUCCUCCGCCUCCGCCUCGGCCUCGGCCUCGGCGGCCUCCCCCACCGCCGACCGCUCCUCCUGGAAGUCCACGGAGCUCGAGAUCCAGGCGCUGCUCGACAAGCUGCAGGACGUCAACGACGCCAUGAGCCGCUGCGCCGCGCCCGCCGCCCCCGCCACCGCUUCCGUCUCCCAGAAGCUCGCGCGCCACCGCGACAUCCUGCACGAGUUCACGCAGGAGUUCAGGAGGACGCGGGGGAACCUGAGCUCCAUGAGGGAGCACGCCGACCUGCUCAGCUCCGUGCGCGGCGACAUCACCGAGUCCAAGGCUACCGGCGGCAUGUCGCCGAGGGUACAUUUGCUCCGGGAGAGGGCUUCCAUUCACGGCAGCGUCAACCAGAUAGACGAGGUAAUUGGGCAAGCUCAAAGCACAAGAGCAGCCCUAUCCAAUCAGAGGGCCUUGUUUGGAGAUGUUCAGGGGAAAGUCAAGCAGUUGGGUGAAAAAUUCCCUGUGGUCCGAGGCCUCCUUGGCGCCAUCAAGAGGAAGAAAUCAAAGGACACGAUCAUCCUUUCAGCAGUAAUCGCGGCCUGCACCAUCUUUUUGAUCAUCUACUGGCUCUCAAAAUGA